AUGAGCAGACAAUCGUUCUGCGCCUCUGACAAUGCCGCGAUAAGACUCGCGUGUCUCUGCGCGGGACAAGGUCCGUCCAAACUGAUUCAUGUUCGCCCAGAAGAGCUGACACCGUCCUCCGAGAAGCUCUCCGAACCGACAUCCAAGGCUUCAAGUUCAGCUAGACUGUCCAACACAGCUGAAGGGAUGGUGCUGGCGGCGCUGCUGGUGGCGACCCUGGCGGCCGCGGCGGCAGGCUCCAGGCUGGAUGAGUACCUGCUGCCCAGCAGCGUGGUGCCGCUGCGCUACGAGCUCCGCCUCGCGCCCUACCUCGACUCCGGCAACUUCACCUUCGACGGCGAGGUGACGAUCCGGGUGCGCGCGGCCGAGCGCACCUCCACGGUGACGCUUCACCGCAACGACACAACCGUGGACGAGGCCUCGGUGCGCGUCAGCCCGGCGGACUCAGGCGCGGCGCUGGGCGUCGUGGCGCAGGACUACGACGCCGUCCACCACUUCCACCGCAUCUCGCUGAACGGCUCGCUGACCCCGGGCCAGGAGUACGACGUGCACCUCGCGUACCGCGGCCACCUGCGCGACGACAUGCAGGGGCUGUUCCGCAGCUCCUACGUGGACGGCGCCGGCGAGACGAGGUGGCUGGCGGCGACGCACUUCCAGCCAUGCCGGGCGCGCAGGGCGUUCCCGAGCUUCGACGAGCCGGCGCUGAAGGCGCGCUUCAAGGUCAGCAUCGCGAGGACCCCGGACCGGCGCGCCCUCUCCAACAUGCCCGUGGUCAGCGUCUCCGAGCCGGACCCCAAGUUCGGCGGCAUGAUCUGGGACGAGUUCGCUGAGACGCCCAUGCCGCUGUCCACCUACCUGAUGGCCUUCGUCGUGUCCGACUUCACCAACCUGACGGCGGACAGCCGCCUGAGCCUGUGGCAGAGACAGGACGCGCUCUCGCAGGCGUCGUACGGCGCCUCCGUCAGCCCGGACAUCCUGCGGACCCUGGAGAACUACACGGACCUGCACUUCUUCCUGCCCAAGAUGGACGAGGUGGCCGUGCCGGACUACCAGUCGGGCGCCACGGAGCAGUGGGGCCUCGUCACCUACAGGGAGAGACUGAUCCUGUACAAGGAAGGCGUGUCGACGUCCUCCCACAAGCAGGCCAUCGCGCUCGUCAUAGCGCACGAGUUCACGCACAUGUGGUUCGGGAACCUGGUCAGCCCCAAGUGGUGGAGCUACCUGUGGCUCAGCGAGGGCUUCGCCAAGUACUUCGAGUACUUCGCCCUGGCCGAGGUGGAGCCGGACUGGCGCCUGGAGGAGCAGUUCGUGCUGGCCUGCGUGAGGGCUGCCCUGACCGCGGACAGCUCCGGCUCGUCGCACCCCAUGACGGUGGAGGUGGCCGACCCCGACGAGAUCAGCGCCAUCUUCGACACCAUCUCCUACCAGAAAGCUGCCUCGGUGAUACGGAUGAUGAAGCACUUCGUGUCUCCGGAGACUUUCCGCAGAGGCCUCACCAGAUACCUGACGGCAGUGGGCAACAGCAGCGCCGAGCCAGACGACUUGUUCGCGGCGAUGGACGCGCAGUUGCACGAGGACGGCGGUGACCCCGGGGUGGACGUGAAGGUCAUCAUGCACACUUGGACGCUGCAGGCGGGCUACCCGCUGCUCACAGUCACCAGGGACUACGUCAGCGGCCAGGUCACCGUGUCGCAGGAGAGGUUCCUGCUGCAGCCGGGGAACGGCUCCGACGCGGGCAACUCCUCGUGGUGGGUGCCGCUCACCUACACCAGCGGCUCCGAGCUGGACUUCCAGAGCACCGCCCCCCGGGCCUGGCUGCCGGCCGGCGGGGACAGCAUCUCCCUGGCCCUCAGCGUCGCCCCCUCCGACUGGCUGCUGCUCAACGUGCAGCAGACAGGCUUCUACCGGGUGAACUACGACGAGCGCAACUGGCGGCUGCUGGCGGCGCAGCUGGGGCGGGUCCCCCCGGUGAGCCGCGCCCAGCUGCUGGACGACUCCCUGGCCCUGGCGCGCGCCGGGCGGCUCGGCUACCCCGCGGCCCUCGAGCUGCUGCGCUUCCUGGAGCAGGAGACGGACUACGUGCCCUGGAACUCCGCGCUGAACGGCCUGGCCUUCCUGGAGAAGAGGAUGCGCGGCGCGCCCGAGUACCACUACCACGCCUUCAAGACGUACCUGCUGAAGCUGCUGGCGAGGGUGUACGCGACACUCGGCUUCGACGAGCGAGAGGACGACGACCACGUGACCAGGCUGAACAGGAACCAGGUGGUCACGUGGGUGUGUCGCCUGGACGAGUGGACGUGCGUGAACAGGUCCAGGGAGCUGUUCUCCAGGCACAUGCGGGAUCCCGACAGCAACACGAUCGCCCCCGACUUGAAGCAGGCAGUCUACUGCACGGCGCUGCGCCACGGCGGCGAGGCGGAGUGGCAGUUCCUGUGGGACAAGUUCCUGGCGCACCACGACGUGUCCACGGAGCAGACGCUCAUCCUGGGCGUGAUGGGCUGCACCGCCAACGAGACACUGGCCCACAGGUUCAUGUUGAUGUCUCUGUCGAGAACUUCAGGUAUUCGUCAGCAAGACCUGUCUUUGGUGUUCCCAUCCGUCUACAAUGCUCACGAGCAAGGUGUAGACUUUGCCAUCAACUUCCUCAUACAGUACCACAGGAACAUAAGUGCCUUCCACAACAGUGAUAAUGCUGUCACCAGCUUUUUGUCCUCUUUGGCUUCAAUAAUUACGAGACCAGAUCAACUUACUAAGCUGCAGCAGUUCGCGAACGGCACGGGCAGCUACUCGGGAGCGGCGGGGGUGGCCUGGCAGCGCUCGGCGGAGCAGAACCUUGCGUGGCUGUCGACGCACGGGGACGCCGUCGCCUUGUUCGCCCGACGCCAGCAGCUCCGCCUGUCCGGCGCGCUGCGGCCCGAGUCGUACCGCCUAAAGGUGCGGGCCCUCGACGACUCCACCUUCGCCGGCGAGGUGACGGCGGCGGUGGUCGCGGCCCGGCCCACGGACCGCGUGACGCUGCACGCCAGGGACCUGGUCCUCACGGAGGCCUCCGUGCGCGCCCAGGGGCGGGCCUUGGAGGUGCAGGUCACCACGGUGGACCAGGAGGCGCAGCUGCUGGACCUGAAGCUGGCGGAGAGCCUGCAGCCCGGCGUGAGGUACGAGGUCUCCGUCCGCUACGUCGGCCAGCUGCGCGACGACCUGGCGGGCUUCUACCGCAGCCACUACGAGGAGGGCGGCCAGAAGAGGUGGCUGGCGACCACGCAGUUCCAGCCGACACACGCGCGCAAGGCCAUGCCGUGCUUCGACGAGCCGGCGCUGAAGGCCACCUUCCAGGUGACCAUCGGUCGGCCGGCGGGCCUCCGGUCCAUCAGCAACGCGGCGCUCAACUUCUCCGUCGCAGACGCCGACAACGCCACGGUGUGGGACCACUACGAGGAGACGCCAGCCAUGUCCACCUACCUGCUGGCCUUCGCGGUGUCGGACUUCGAGAAGCUGAGCUCGGCGGAGGGCAACAUGAGCGUGUGGGUGCGGCCCGGGGCCAGGCUCCAGGCGCGCUACGCCCUCUCCGUCAGCCAGCCCCUGCUGACGGCCCUGGAGCGCUUCGCGGGGAGCGCCUACCAGCUGCCCAAGAUGGACCAGCUGGCAGUGCCGGACUUCUCCUUCGGCGCCAUGGAGAACUGGGGGCUCGUCACCUACAGGGAGAGACGGCUGCUGUUCGACGAGCGGGCGUCGACCACGGCCGACAGGCAGAGUAUCGCCACCAUCAUCGCGCACGAGUUCUCGCACCAGUGGUUCGGCAACCUGGUCACCAUGUCCUGGUGGACCUACCCCUGGCUCAACGAGGGCUUCGCCACCUACUGCGAGUACUUCGUGGCCGCCAAGGUGAUGACGGACUGGCGCCUGGAGGAUCAGUUCGUGGUGCAGGUCCUCCAGAACGCCCUGGCCUUCGACGCGCUCGACAGCUCCCGCCCCAUGAACUACGAGGUCGCGACGCCCACGGAGAUAAGCUCCGUCUUCGACACCAUCACCUACGAUAAAGCUGGCUCUGUCAUUCGGAUGAUGGAACAUUUUAUUACUACUGACGUUUUCCAAAACGGUCUCAAGCGAUACCUCAAUAAUCGAGCCUAUGAUGUCUCUGAGCCUGACCAGCUCUAUGCGUCGCUGCAAGCUCAACUAAACGAGUCCGACACUGCGUACAUAAACGUGAAAGAAGUCAUGGAUACGUGGACCAACCAGAAAGGAUACCCCGUGGUCACGGUGACCAGGGACUACGAGGCAGGCACCGCUUCCGUAAAGCAGGAGCGCUUCCUGCUGAAGCGUGGCUCGGACCAGCACAGCUACAAGUGGUGGGUGCCUCUCAGCUACACGUCAGGGGACAAGGCUGACUUCCAGACGACUGUCCCCACCGCGUGGCUAGGGCCGACCCAGGACGAGCUAGUCCUGCAGAGUGUGGCUUCAAGCGAAGACUGGGUCCUCUUCAAUGUCCAGCAGACUGGCUUCUACCGGGUGAACUACGACGAGCGCAACUGGCGGCUGCUGGCGGCGCAGCUGGCGGGGCCCGGCGCGGGGCGGGUCCCCCCGGUGAGCCGCGCCCAGCUGCUGGAUGAUGCCCUCGCCCUGGCGCGCUCCGGGAGACUCGGCUACCCCGCGGCCCUCGAGCUGCUGCGCUGCCUGGAGCAGGAGACGGACUACGUGCCCUGGAACUCCGCGGUCUGGGCCCUGCGCUUCCUGGACGGCCGGCUGCAGGGCGCGCCGGCCGAGGACUACCGCCUCUUCCAGGCCUACGUGCUGAAACUGCUCGGCCCCGCGUACGACUCGCUGGGCUUCGAAGUGAGGACCACGGACAGCCACGCCACCAAGCUCCUGAGGAGGAGCGUGCUCUCGCUGGCGUGCGAGCUGGACCACGGAGACUGCGUCGCCAGGGCCACCGGCAUCUUCUCCGGCCUCAUGGCAGACGAGAACACCACGGUCGCGGCGGACGUGGCCAGCACGGUGUACUGCACGGCUCUGAGGAAGGGCAGCGCCACGGAGUGGGACUUCCUGUGGGCGCGCUACAACGCCUCUGACGUCAGCUCCGAGCAGGUGGCGCUGCUGGGAGCCCUGGGCUGCUCCGCUGACCAGGCCGUCAUCACCAGGUACCUGCAGAUGUCCAUUACAGAGGACUCAGGGAUACGGAAGCAGGACGCAGCGAGCGUGUUCGCCGCCGUCUACAGCAACGCCGCCGGCGUGGACCUCGCUCUGGACUUCCUCGUCGACAACUACGAGAGGAUCUCCGAGUUCUACGGGGCCAUGAGCUCCGUCGGUAACAUCAUAGUGGGCAUCGCGGCCAGGAUCUCCACGCAGCAGCAAGCAGAGAAACUGAGAAGCUUCAUCGAGACCAACGAGGCCGGACUCGGGAGUGCGGCGCUGCCGUCGAGGAACGCCCUGGAGACGGUGGACGAGAACCUGGCGUGGCUAGACACCCACGGCGCGACCAUAGUAGUGUGGCUGGCCGAGGAGGCUUCUCCCGCCUCGAGUACGACCACAGCGCCAUCGGCCAGCACCUCCGGACAACUGCUUCCUCACAUCAGCAUGUUAGCUUCCGCAGCUGUCAGCAUGCUGGUGCAUUCCAGUUCGUGUAUUUUAUGUUAAAGCCCUUCAAAAAUAAAAGUUUUUAUUAGUAUUGUUUAGCA